CGCCUCAUCACGGAUGGGAGCAUAGUCGGUCUCAACGACUUACUUCGGAACUUCGACACGGCCUAUUCCUCGAUCAUGGCCUUUAUAGCGGUCAUGUCAAUAGGAGUGCUAGUAUGGGGAGCGGACGUAAUAGACGCCUUUUUCCUUUGGGCACUAAGCCCCGAAUUCAGGAGACUUGCGGGGUGGAGCGAUUUUCGAACCGAGGACGCUUCCGAAGUGUGUCUCCUAUUUUUGUCGAUGGGUUUAGCGAUUAGCCCAGGAGCUAACGACGAGAGCCUGAAGGCUUGCUUUGCAGCAAUCAAGAGACUGUUUCCGAAUAUAGUCAUUUUAGACUACGUAGACGACUUGCGGGGUUUUAGUGCAAAAAACUCUGAUUGUUUUGAGACCGUGUACAAAGACAUGAUGAGGGCCAGACUGCUGCUGCAGUAUUUAGGUGUAAAACUACACAACUUCAGGCCAGACAAGCUGGAUAAGAUGAUCUUUCCAACCUCUAGGUUCCCUUGGAUUGGAUUUAUCGUUGACACGGUGAAUUUAGUCAUAGAAGUAGACGAAGAGAAGGCUUGCGCGUUUGUUGCCGCGAUUCGAGAAUUUCUUGCCGCAGCAAAAAUCGACAUGGCCUACGCAAAGGACCUGGCUAGCGUAGUGGGGAAGUUGGGCUUUACUACCUUGGUGGUUAGGAUGGGUCACAUCUUCUUGCGAGAAGGCUAUGACACAUUAGGUGCAGCAGGGGUGCCAAAGCAGUGGGCAGCAGGCAGCAAGCGUUUCAGCCCUAAAGUAAAGGUUAGUGACAAGUUAACUCGCGACUUACUUUGGUGGAUUGACGUCCUACUUGACAAACCGAAAAUCAAGAUUUUUCAGACACCUGUAACCAAGAAGUGUUUCCUCUUUACUCCUGAACUAAUCGAGCGUACUGAUGUCAUCGAGGAAUUGGACGAAAACCAGUUUACGUUACUAACAGGGGACGCUUCUAGGUUAGGUUGGGGGAUGCACGUCAACGGGGAUCAAUUCAGGGCAGCAGCCAAUUUUUCCUUGUUCGACGGUGCUCAGGCUAGUAGCAACAAAAGGGAGCUAGGGCUAGUCUUGGAAUUCCUUUUGGCGCAUCCUGAUAAAGUGGCAGAUAAGCUAGUCCUCUACAGGUCAGACAACAGCACCACUAAGCACUACGUCAACUUUGCGGUUGGUCGUAUACCAGAACUGUCAGCUUUAGGAAAAAAGAUCGCCCAGGAAGCAGCUAGGCUUCGUUGCGUUUUGAUCUGUAGCCAUUUGAAAGGUGCCACUAACAUCAUCGCGGACAUGUUGUCUAGGUUGACGCUUAACGCCACACUCAACGACAACUAUCCCCACAAGUGGAUCAGGCGUAGAACUAGGCUUGCCCUUUGGGCUAGGUUAGGAGGCUCGCCCUCUAUUGAUCUUUGCUGUAACGACAAAGGUAGCAACGCAGUCCUUCCUAGGUUCGUAACCUACAGGGAGGAUUUUUUCACUUGGCCGGUCGAGAGGUACGAGGGUGAGGUCGCUUGGGCGCAUCUCACAUUAGACUUGCUAGCUCCUGCUCUAAAGAAGUACUUUUGUCCUAUGAUGCAGCUCUCACCAGAAUCGCGACCUGCAGUACUUAUCCUCGUGCCGAAGUAUAAAAGUAGGCUUGCCUAUUUAUACGCUAGGUUCUUUAGAGUAGCUAAGCUUAAAGCUCAUACUCAACCGUUUAGCCUCUGGGAUAAUCAAGAGGAGUUUGCACUACCAAAAGCAGAGACUCCUUACUUAGUGCUGUCUACCUUGCCCUCGGACCUCCUACGCGCGCGUCUACAAUCCUUGAAGAAGCAAACGUAAUCUACUCAACUAAUCCUACACUUGGUCUGCUUGGAAGUUUGGGAAUUGCGGUGAAAUUGGCAAAUAGGUCUUGACCAGAAUAGAAGAGAAUAAGACGAAGUUUGGUCAUCGUGUCGAUCCCGGACUUGUCUUGGACUAUCUAGAUGCUGUCGGCGUCUUCGUGGACGCAGGACAUUCAACAAGAAUUCCGUCGGUCACGCCAGGUGAUCGACUCUAUUCCACAUGAAUGUUGCCAGGGCUCGCCUUCAUUCCUCAUUCAAAGAAUCCACCAGAGAUGCGCAUUGAAUGAUAAUGAUGGCUGAGCACGAUCGAAAG